CGCCCCCUGGCGCCGCGGGCCGCGCUUUUGUCCGGCGGGGCCGGGCCGGGGCUGGAUCGGGACCGGGAGCGGGACCGGGACCGGGAUCAGAGCCGGGAGCGGGAUCGGGAGCACAGCCGGAGCCGCCCCGCGCCGGCCGAGGAGGCGCCGGCCGGGCCCUCCCUACAGGACGCGGCGGCGAUGCUGUGACCUACAUUCGCGACAAGGAGGUCCCAGCCCGCCGUCACCGCCGCCGGGCCAUGAAGCGACACAAGUGACGGGGCGGGCGCGCCCGCGGCCAUGGCCAGCCCGGCACCAUGGCUGCGCUGGACACAAACAGAGCACAGGAGCUGGCGGGGCCAGCAGCAGGAGGAGGAGGAGGAGGAGGAGGAGGAAGAAGACGACUUUGAAAGGCGGAUGGACCAGCAUGGGGUCAUCGGCCUGGGGGAGGGUGCCAGGAGCCCACCGUGGGGUGACAGUGAGGACCUGGAGGAGGGGUCCCCGGCAGAGGAGGGGUCCCGGGCAGAGGAGGGGUCCCCGGCAGAGGAGGGGCGCUGGCACCUGCGGCACGACCCGGCCGAGGAGGAGGAAGAGGAGGAGAGGGGCAGCUCCGGGGGGGACGAGGGGCCCUGGGGGGCAGAGGGCGAUGGGGAGCCCUACCCCGAGCUGUCCUCUGAGGGCCGCUGGGGCUCAGGCUCCUGCGGCAGCCCCGAGGCGUUGAGGGGCGGCCGCGCUCUCUGCCAGCCCCAGGGCUGCAGCACGGACGGCGGGGACACCUCAGGGCUGUCGGACACCAGCCCUGGCCCUGGCACCCCGUCCCGCCGGGGCUGGGGCACGGCCGGGGACACCAUCGAGGGGCACAGGCAGGAGUGGACCCCGAGACGGAGCCUCCCCCUGCACCUCUCCACCGAUGAGCGCAGCCCCGAGCGUGUCCCCGAGCCCCAGACAGCUGGCACAGGGAUGCCAGCCCCCGGCACCGCUGGCUUGGCACCCACCGGGCAGCCCCAGAGCGCCGGGAAUCCCCCGGCACCCCGAGGGCACGACCGAUCCCGGGUGCCCAAGAAAGCAGCGCCCGCGGCGGUGCCCCCCAAGCCCGGCCGGCAGUCGCGGUCCCUGAGCCCCCGGAGGCGAACGGGUGCCAAGGGGACGAGGGAUCCCUCGGGAACGGGCACCGAGGGCACCCAGUACGGCCGGGGGCGCCUCAACCACCCCCUGCCCGACCUCUCCAAGGUGGAGGCGCGGGUGAAGUUCGACCAGAGCUACCGCCCACCCCGGGGCCGGGUGCUGCCCGCCCGCCCCCGCGGCCCCGGCGGCCCCAUCGCCUUCAAAUCCCCGGCCGAAAUCGUCCGGGAGGUGCUGCUGAGCAGCGGGGAGGGGCCGUCCCCGCAGCCCCCCGGCACGGCCGGGCUGCCGCAGGAGUUCAGGUCCCCCAGACAGGCCACGGCGCUGGUGCAGCAGCUCCAGGACGACUACCACAAGCUGCUGACCAAGUACGCCGAGGCUGAGAACACCAUCGACCAGCUGCGCCUGGGCGCCAGGGUGAGCCUGUUCUCCGACCCGCCGCAGCCCAGCCGCAGCCUCGCCGUGGGCACCGUGGGCUCCGGGAGCCGAGUGAUGACCCUCAGCAUCCCGCAGGCACGGACAGCGGCCCUCGGCAUGGCCACGGCCCCGGCCACAGCCCCGGCCGCAGCCCCGGCCGCAGCCCCGGCCUCGCCAGGUGCAGCUGCAGCCCCGGGACGGUCGGAGCGGGGGGGUUCGCCCCAGCCUCGGUCCCCUCCUGUGCCCGGGGGGCGCUGCCCCAGCUGCCCCGAGCCGUGCCGCUGCCCCGGGCCCCGGCUCACCCGGGCCCUGGCGGGGCAGAGCCGCCGGCUGCAGGCACAGGUGGAAUCCUUCGAGAGCUGGAUGCGUGCAGGGACCCCCGCACCCUCGGAACAGCUCCAGAGGAUGAGGAUGCUGAAGGACGCGCAGGAUGCGCUGGAGCGGGAAUACCUGCGGGGCCGGCAGCAGCUCCCGGAGGCUGCGGAGGGGUUUGAUCCUGACCGGACGGUGGAAGGGGAGAUUUACCGCCUGGGGCUGUGCCUGGAGGGGCUGAAGGAGCGGCUGGAGCUGGGGGACAGGCGGCAGCCCCUCCCGCAGCCCCUCCCGCAGCCCCUCCCGCAGUCCUUCCCUCAGCCCCUCCCGCAGCCCCUCCCGCAGCCCUUCCCUCACCCCCUCCCGCAGCCCCUCCCGCAGUCCUUCCCGCAGUCCUUCCCUCAGCCCCUCCCGCAGCCCCUCCCGCAGCCCCGCUGCCCCCCAGCCCCGUCCCCACCGCCGGCCGCCCACUCCCCGCACCCCGAGAGCACUGCGCUGGUGGAGGGUCCUCGGGGGGCAGCAGGGGACAGCGAGGGGAUGGCAGGGAGGCUGCCCUGGCCCCUCUGGCACAAGCAGCGCCAAGUGGAGGAGGAUUUCGGGGACCUGCUGGAGCAGUACGAGCACCUCAAGUCCUUGCCGGAGUCGCUGAGCCUGGAGCAGCUGAGCCUGGCGGAGAGCGGGUCCCAGGGGGAGGAGGAGGCACCCGCGGCAGGGGACGGUGGCCACAGCAAGGUCCCCUGCAGGACACGGUCACUCGAGGAGGGGCCCAGCCUCGAGACCUCGCCCUUGCACCUCCCGGAGAGAAGAGCUGCGACACUUUCCCCCAGAGGACCCCCAAACCUGGGGGAGACACGGGGCCACCCCUUCCCUGCCACUGCUGAGGAGCCACCAGCCCCUGCCAAGCCCCCGCUGGGGGUCCCUGGGCCGCCACGGGUGCCCCUGUCCCUCCGCAGCAGUGGGACAGGCAGCGCUGCCACCCAGCACGGGCCCCGCAAGGAGCAGCGCAUCGUGUCCCCGGAGACCGACAGCGGCUUCGUGGGCUCGGAGGCCAGCAGGGUGUCACCCCCCGUGCACACCCCCGAGCACCCUGCCCCCGGCCCGGGGACCCCGGGCUCGCUGGGACCUUCCAUCGCCAUCCCCAGCACCCUCCAUGCCCCACGGAAGAGAGACACCGCCCCGCUUUCCCCCGACACAGCACUGAUGGGCAUCUACCCCCCGGCGGGCACAGGGGGGGCCCGGCUGCCCCCCAGCAGCCCCUCCCGGAGCAGCUCCCCCCCUCGCUGGGCCGAGAGCGCGGGCAGCGAGGCGGGGCCGGAGCCCGACGGUGAUGGCACUCACACGGACUCGGAGGGGGGAGACAGGAGUUGUGCCAGCGCCGAUGGCCACCCCCCCGCCAUGGCCGGGAGCCCGACCAGCCCCCUGCCGUCCCCCGAAACGCCAUCCCCCACCCUGCUGUCCCCCGACCUGCCGUCCCUCGAUGUGGCUCGCUGUGACCUGCUGGGCUCCCGCCUGGAGCGCGACCAGGCCAUCCGGGCGCUGCAGGACGAGGUGUGGCGGCUGCGGCUGCGGCUGGAGGAGAGCCUGCACGGCUCCCGCAGCUAUCCCGACGGAAAGGUCACUCCCCGUGUCACCCCGGCCGGGAGGCAGCCGCUGACCAGCGGGCCAUCGUCCCCUCAGGACGCUGCACCCUCGGGGGACCCGAGCCCCCCGGCGCGGGGCAGGGUGGCUCCCGGGGUCACGGCCACGCGGAGGGAGAGGUCGGCAUCGCUGCCACGGGGCGUGGACCUCGGUCUGGAGCUCGGCCCCGGCGGGUCCCACCCCGCGUCCCCGUCCUCCGCCGCAGCCUCCGAGCCGGAGCCGUGCCCCGCGGGGCCCCGGGCGCCCCCCGCCCUGCGGAAGCACCUUGGGAAGCCCCCGGUCACAUUCCGGGGACAGUACACAGGGACACGGUACCAGGCGGGGACACCACGUGCCACCCCGGCACCCCGGGAAGAGCCGGGCACCUCGGGGUGUCCCCGAUGUCACAAGGGCAGGAUGGCAUCAGCUGGAUUUGGGGGAGGCGGUGCCCCCCGGCAGCCCCAGCACAGCACCCCGAGGAGGACGUCCUGCCCCACCUGCCGGGCACCCUUGGGCCCCUCUGCGGCGGGCAGCAGGGACAGGGCCACACACGCAGAGUGUGGCCCUGGUGCCUCCUGUCCCCCAGCCCCCGCCGCUGCAGCCGAGAAGCUGGAGCAACCUGGAGUUUGGUACUUGGCAGCCACCCCUGCUGCCACCACUGCCACCGUCUGCCUGGCACCCGUCCCCCUCGUGCCUUACGUGCCCUCCAUGCUCUACUGCUCCCCGGCAGUUUCUACCUCAGCCCCAGCCCUGGCCGGGGUCCCCCUGGGUCAUCCAGAGCGUCCCCGCCGGUCCCAGGGCCACCAGCGCUGCCUGAGCCUGCAGCUGGAGGAGCUGGAGGAGCUGAACUGGUCUCUGAGGAGGGCAGUGGAUGCUGCCCAGAGCGCCAGGCUGACCACGACCCGCAUGAGCCGGGCACUGGCCGCAGAGCUGGGCCGGGCACGGGGCCUGCGCCGCUCCUGCCUCUUCUGAGGGACCCCAAAGCCUCCCUGCCAGGAGGAGGAGGAGGAGGAUGGGCCCCCUCAGCGCCCCUGCACUGCAGAGUCCCUGCCAAACCUGGGGGCAGCAGGGCUGGAGGUGGCUCCUGCCCUGGCUCUCACCCCUCCCCGCUCUCCCUGCAUGGCCUGUCCAUCUGUCUGUCCGGUUUUGAGCUGCAGGAGGGGGGAGGCGUGGGCAGCAGUCUCCAGCAUCCCGCAGCACUGUCCCCUGGGACCAGCGGGGUGGCCCUGUGUCCCCCCAGGGCAGCGGCCACCCCACCCUGAGCACUUCUGGGGAUGCUCUGACCCCGAGGGGGUCGAGCCCCCUUGGCAGCUGUGUUUACCUCUGUGCCUGUGUGGGCAGAAAUACCUGGGAUUCCCUGGGAUUCCCUGGGAUUCCCUGGGAUUCCCUGGGAUUCCUUGGGAUUCCCCAUUCCACCCCUUUCCCAGCCUUGGGGCCUCCUCAGGGGGCUGUGCCCCGUGCUCUCUACCCUUGGACUUGAACCCAGCAGGAUCCCCCCAGGGGAAACUUGCUUUUUUGGUGGUUUUUAUGUGAAUUUUUUUUAGCUAGUAAGCAGCUAAAUCACUCUUGUGUUGAUUGAUGAUCUAUAAUGUGUGUGUGUGAUAUAUGUGUAUCUAUAAAUGGAUAUAUCUAGAUAUAGGCAUAUCUAUAUUUAGUUGUAUGUCUGUAUCUAGAGAGACAGAUAUAAAUAGAUCUGUGUAUGUACAGAUCUGUAUCUGAUUCUACAGAUAUAUCUUUCUACAGAUACAUAUAUAAAAAUAUUCUGGUUUGCAUUUCCAGCACAACCCUAGGGGCAUUUGUGGGGUUUUUCUGGUCAUCCCUGGAUGUGGCAGCCCCACAGAAAAUAAAAUGAAGGAUUUGAGGUUUUUCCCCUGGGAUCCUCAGGGAAUUUGGGCUGAUGGUGGAAAAGUCACCUGCUCAGACCAAAGCAGGUGUGGGCUCUGUGCAGCCCCUGUUCCUCCCAGCUGGGUUUCUAAGGAGUGAAUGCCAAUUUUUUUAGGGAAAAGGAUGUGGUUAGGGCAGCUUUUCCUGGGAUGGGUCCAGCCAAACCCCCUGCUCCACCCCUCAGCCUGUGUUUAUCUGUAGGACCUACCUGAAGUGCCAGUGUCAAAUGUAUUUAUUUUUUGCUUUUAUUUGUAGUACGAAUGCCCGUAUUUGGAGGGAGGGAUCAGUGAGUGGCUCAGGUCUGGAGCCCUCCAAGCUCCCCCCGAGCCUGAUCCUGACAUGAGCCCGGAGGGGUUGGGAAUGGGGCUGUCCCUUCCUCCUAUUUUGGGCGUUAGAGGGCUGGGUUUGGAGGAUUUUAAAGAGGUUUGGGGGAUUUUAAAGAGGUUUUCUGUGUCUCUCUGCUCAUGCCUGUGCCCCAAGCUGGAAGCUGUGACCUCCCCUAGCCCAGCCAGGGCGUGGUGGGAGCAUGUGGAAAGUGGUCACUUAGCCCAAAUGCAGUAGCCAGGACCAAAUGAUGUUUUUCUUCCCUUAUCCCCUAUUUUUUAACACCCAGCAGAGCCACUGGGGUGGUAUUUUGUACGAAGAAAUCACCUAUUUUUGAAGGAAAUAAACGCACUUGGACAA